CUAGUCUCGGCAAAACCACACCAACACGUAUCAUAUCUUACAGCAGCAACAACAGAGCAACACCACCAACCCAGGUGCUAAUCAGGAGGAUUCCUCAGAGUCAUCCUGGAAGCCAAUUACACAGCACCAGUCCGUCAAUAGAAAGAACUGGCUUGAUUUCUGAAAGUGGGCAGAAGGCAGUGGCCCAGGAGAUAAUUGACAAAGCAAUGGCAAGUCACCGUGAAAUAGCCAGUCCCACUGACAUAAGCCCUUCUCCACUCCACCUUGAAAAACGCCUCUCUCCUGAAUCAAAGGAUUCAUUCCCUGGCUUUCAUCUUCAGACUCAACCCAACAUUUUGUCCCACUCCAGACCUCAAGUCAAGGUCAAGAGAGUGUCUUCAGUAACUGAUCGAAUUGGUGUGAAAAGAUGCCGUACUGACUUCUUGGACCAGAUGGGUCCUUGUUCUCAGAGUGACAACAGCAGAUCAAACCGGGUUAGAAUAAAGGCCCCAAGUUUUAAGGAUGUGCUCGACUUUGACGACCCUGAUGUUGGAUCUCUUAACCAGCCAAAGAACGAUGAAAAUAAGAGAAUUACUCCAAAUCAAUCAGAGCCCACUUCAGUGCAGGGAAAUGACACACGGGACAGUGCUAAAUCUCAGUGUACGAGCUACAAACAUGGUGAUUCCUCAGAAUGGGCCCCCUAUGCAGGUUGGAGUUCAGACGAGGACUCUCCAUCAACAGGCAAGCAGGAUAAGUGUGCCAGUCAUUAUCUGCCCCAUCUAUGCUUCCAGAUUACCAGUGAGGAUGGCUUUAGCGUAGAAGCUGACAGCAUGGAUGUGGCGUGGAAGGCAGUAAUGGACGGUGUCCAGGAGGCACGGGUAGGCUGUCGGCUAGAGCAGUUUCCCUUCAACAGGAUAAGUGGUGCCAGGGUUCUGGGUGUCCUCCACGAUGCUGUGCUCUUUCUGCUGGAGCAGCUGCAGGGUGCUUCCCUCUGCCAGAAACACAGUUUUCGUUUCCACCAGCAUGAAGUACCGGAAGAAGAGCUGCCAAUAAACCCCAGUGGCUGUGCCCGUGCAGAGGUCUAUGUGCGAAAAUCUACCUUUGAUAUGUUCAAUUUCCUGGCAUCGCAACAUCGUCAGCUUCCUGAGUCAAGGCCAUGUGAUGAUGAGGAGGAUGACGUUAUGCUAAAAUCCAGCAGACGAGCCACAAGUACAGAGUUGCCAAUGGCUAUGAGGUUCAGACACUUGGAGAAAACCUCUAAAGAGGCUGUGGGAGUUUACAGAUCUGCUAUACAAGGUCGUGGUCUUUUCUGCAAGAGGAACAUUGAGGCUGGAGAGAUGGUGAUCGAGUACGCUGGCAACGUCAUCCGCGCAGUUCUCACUGACAAAAGGGAGAAAUACUAUGACAGCAAGGGCAUCGGCUGCUAUAUGUUUCGCAUUGACGACUUUGAUGUGGUGGAUGCCACCAUGCACGGAAACGCGGCACGAUUUAUAAAUCACUCCUGUGACCCUAACUGUUACUCAAGAGUCAUCAAUGUGGAGGGCCAGAAGCACAUCGUUAUAUUCGCCCUGCGGAAGAUUUACCGUGGAGAAGAGCUUACCUAUGACUACAAGUUCCCCAUUGAAGAUGCAAACAACAAGUUGCACUGUAACUGUGGGGCCCGGCGCUGCCGACGCUUCCUGAACUAAAACUGGCUUGUUUACUCAAUAGUUUAGGAGGGGAUAUUUUGGUAUGGGUGGCUAUUUUUGAAUGAAGACACUCAUUACAGGUGCUUAAUGGUGCGGAGAUGAAGAAAACACAAUAUUGAGAUUGUUUGGCAGGGUGUAUGGCCUUUUUAGACCACCAGCACGUCUUGAUUGGUUACCUCGAGUGAGUUAUAUUUCCUACCCCAACAUUUAACAACCCAGUAACGUCCUGCACUGGAUGAGGCCGUUGGCUUUGAUUCAACAAUUAAAAAUUGUGACCUCAAACGAAUACCCUUUACUUAACUAUUUCACCUGUCCUUGUGCUACUUUGUCCCAGCAUGCCUUUCAAAUCUUGCCACUGGUGGCUGGUAAUGCAGUAGAUCUAUUCUGGAAUGAGCCUUUAGUGUCAGAAUAAAUGUACAGUGGUUUUAA